CGCAGUCUACCUCUCCGAUCCCUACGUAACCGAACAGCCUCGCGUGUGGCGCCACCCCGCAGGCUGUGCACACGACACGAUCAGUGCGCAGCGAACUGCGCAUGGCGGUGCACCCAAUCCACCUGGUCCCGUGACAAGCAGCACUCAAGACACACACGCGCGCGAACACGAACAGGGACACGAGACAGCGGCGGCCAUGGCGAGAGGCGGCGGCGAUCGGAGUCGGGAGGAUGACCCCUUCUCCGACGGCGGCACCACCGGAACCGACUCGGACGAGUCCUCUCCGCGUGGGGUGGGGGCCCGCGGCCCCGGCUCCACCUCCAACCCGAUCCUGACACGCCUCGCGGUGUCGCGGAACCCGAGCCCGCUGGCUGCGGCCACCGCGGCCCCAGGGGUCUGCCUCCUCCGCUUCGCCUGGGAGUCCGCCGCGGGCUCCCUCGUCGGCGCCGCCGUUGGCUACGGUAAAGGUUUGGUUACGAUGAAGGGGAUUAAAGGCUCAUUUGCUGAUGCUGCGUCAUCUGCUAAGAUAUUUGCUGUUCUUGCUGGUGUUCAAAGUUUAGUAGCCUGCUCUUUGAGAAAACUACGUGGAAAAGAUGAUGGAAUCAAUGCAGGAGUCGCAGGCUGUUGCACUGGCCUUGCUCUGAGCUUUCCAGGUGCACCACAAACUCUGAUUCAGAGCUGCCUGACCUUUGGGACUUUCUCUUACAUCAUUGAGAAGCUAAACAAGCAGCAACCUGCGCUGGCGCUCCCACCUGCGACAGGUGUGAUGGAUCCGAAGGCUGGACAAAGCGUUCUUCCUCCCUUCACACUUCCUCCUCUGGAUGCCAUGGACGAAUUUUGUAAGUUCCAAAACUUUUUGUCAUCCAAAUUUCGGGGAAACUGAGUUAUCCUGCUGGAGUGACGCCUAGUUAUCUACUCUGGAACGUGUCCUUGUAAAUGCGUCAAUGGUCAAUCUGAGUUUUUUUUUCCUUGUUUAUUCUUCGCCAAUGUAUGUUUCCAAAUUCCAAGGUAGUGUUUUGGUAGUGUUGAUGAUUCUACCUUGACAUAUCCAACACAAGGCGAGCAGCUUGUCCUUUGUUCAA